AUGUACUCAUCCUCCAAUAACUUCCUGGGCGGCGCAAACAGCGCCCGUCCGGGACAGGUGCCAUACUCGCAAUUCCCAGGGAGCCAACAACAACCCCAGCCCCAACAGACGGGAUUCGCUCCUCAGCCGACCGGCUAUGGACCUCAAUUAUCUGCGUUUGGAGGACCCCAGUUGCAACCACAGGCAACGGGGUUCCCCACGGGACAGCUUCAAGCUCAAUAUACCGGAUUCCCCGGUGCAUCAGCGCAGCAACAAGCGCCUCCGCAACAAUCGCAGCCCACCGGCUUUCUCGCCGCGCCUCAGCAAUCCCAAUAUGGCGGUUUCCCAUCUCAAAGCCAGGCCCCGCAGAUACAAAUUUCGCAGAGCCCUAGUCUUCCCCUUCGAACCGGUGCGCAGACAUCGUCUGAGAUAGCCAAUUCGUUCCAGGUUGGAUCUGGCGCCGCCCCGACGCCGCCACCGAAAUCCUCUGGGGGCAGGAUUCCCAACAUCCGCCUUUCGUUCAUUACAGCGCAGGAUCAAGCAAAGUUUGAACAGCUCUUCAAGUCUGCUGUCGGGGAUAGUCAGGCCAUGUCUGGAGACAAAGCAAAAGAACUCUUGCUCCGAUCGAAGCUUUCAGGAAGCGAUCUGUCACGGAUUUGUCCGGACAGCUGUUGUUUCCCGAAUUUGCUCUAG